UACUUAAACAAAUCUAGUAGAAAAUUCUACCCAAAAAUAUAUUUCUAAGAAAAAAAUAAACUUGUUACUUAGAAGGUCAUGGCUCAACCAUUUGAAAUUCUUUUCCUGCUUCCAUUUUUCCUCUUGCCCUUAACUUUUUUCCUCUUCAAAGUUUUCAGAUCAUCCAAAAUCACACAACUUCCACCAGGACCAACACCAUGGCCAGUCAUAGGAAACAUUUUUCAUAUGGGAAAAAUGCCUCAUAUAACUCUGACAAAUUUUGCAAAAAUAUAUGGCCCCCUUAUGUCCCUAAGGCUUGGAACUCAAUGUCUAGUUGUUGGAUCAUCAUCAUCUGCUGCUAUAGAAAUCCUCAAAACCCAUGAUAGAAUUCUGUCAGGAAGACAUGUUCCAAAUGCCGUGCCAGCAAAAGGAUCAGAUCUUGACAAGAUAUCAAUGGGCUGGAAUUCUGAAUGUCACAAUGAAUGGAGAUACUUGAGGACUUUAUGCAGAACUGAGCUUUUCUCAGGCAAAGUAUUGGAGUCUCAAGCUUAUAUGAGGGAGAAAAAAGUGAUGGAAUUGGUAGAAUUCUUGAGGUCAAAAGAAGGUCAAGUGGUGAAUAUUGGAGAGCUAGUCUUUGCAACUGUUUUGAACAUGUUGAGUAAUGUUCUGAUAUCUAAAGAUAUGGUUAAUUUGGAGAAAGAAACAGAAGAUGGUGGGAUUAGAAAUCUAAUAAGGGGAUUAGUUGAAGCAGUCUCAGCUCCAAAUUUAUCUGAUUUUUAUCCAGUUUUAGGUAAAUUAGAUCUUCAAGGUCUGCGAAAAAGAGCUAGAUAUGUAAUGACAAAGAUUCGUUCCAACUGGGAACCGAUUCUUGAAGAAAGAAGGAAAAAUAAAGAGAGUGGUUCUUCUAGCCAACAAGAUUUCUUGGAAGCUCUCCUUGAUAAUGGUCUUACCAAUGAUUGUAUCCACCAGCUAUUCGCGGAGUUAGUCGCUGCUGGUUCAGACACCAGUACCUCAACAAUUGAGUGGGCGAUGGCAGAACUGAUAAAAAAUGUAGAGUCAAUGAAGAAAGUUCAAGAGGAGCUCGAGAUAGAACUCAGUGGAAGUGAUUACCCAAAAGAAUCUCAAUUGCUGCAGAUGUCCUAUGUCCAAGCCUGUGUGAAGGAAACACUUAGGUUGCAUCCUCCAGCACCAUUUCUGCUUCCACAUCGUGCUAUCGAAACCUGCCAAGUGAUGAGUUACACAAUUCCUAAAGACGCUCAAAUCUUGGUUAAUAUCUGGGCUAUCACAAGGGAUCCUUUGAUAUGGGAAGACCCAGAGAUGUUUAGACCACAGAGGUUUCUGAGUUCUGAUAUGGACUUCAAAGGGAAUGACUUUGAGUUCUUACCCUUCGGUGCAGGAAGGAGAAUAUGCCCAGGCUUGCCAAUGGCUGCAAUAAAAGUUCCUUUAGUCCUUGCUUCGCUUGUUCAUUUCUUUGAUUGGGGACUUCCUCAUGGAAAACGUCCCACCGAGCUAGACAUGACUGAAAAGUUUGGAGUAACACUGCAAAAGAAAGAGCCACUGCUUCUGAUUCCCAAGGCCAGAAAAUGACCAUUGAGAUAUACUAUCAGUAUCUCUUAUCUGUGUUAUCCAUUG